AUGAGUGCGGCGAUGCCUCCCUCGCAUUCCGUACCUUCGCCACAUCGCUCAAGCGUGCCGCCACACCUGUUCAGGGAUGCGCCAGUCGCCGGUCCCUCUUCUUCACGUUUUCAACCAUAUCAUCCUGUACCUCCUCGCUCGGAGCCACAGCCGCGGACGCCUCGAACGUCUCAACGCCCUCCUGGCAUGCCGCCGCAUCUAUUUCGCGACGCACCACAAUCAUCUACAGCUCUACGGCCUCCUCCCUCAGCUCCCGGCGUAGAUCCGUGGGCACCAAGGUCUCAUGGGACGCGUAAUCCUCGAUUACCACCCCACUUGUUCCGGGAUCGCCACCAUCCGUAUACACCGAAUGCACAACACUCUUCAGGGCCGUUCGCGGUUCCUCUGCCGCCACGACCGCCAUCUGCUGCCGGCCCCCAGGCAUCAGCAGGCGCGGGCACGGUAUUUGUACCGACCUUCAUACCCGCCAUGGUGCCCAUGCCGACUCCAGUCCCUGCAUAUGCGACACUCCUGGCCGCGCCUAUGGGCGUCCCUCAGCCCAUUCUACUCCCGCCCGCGCUCCCUCAUGUUCAACCUGCGACGCCACUGAUGACCCCUCCUCCUGCAUUUUGGAUGCCUCAUCCGUACCCACAUCCCAACAUCUCGCCACAUGCGUUUUGGGGCCCUAACUUGUUCAACGGUCCCCGAGCAUGGCCUACGUCGCCGUUUAGCCCGGCCGCAGUGGCGACAUUGACGGGCGGCUGGCCCCUCCCAGGAGCCUUCCCGUCAGAUGGGGCUCCGGCGGCGUGGCCCCCGACGCCCAGUCGGACGGAUCAGGCGGACUCGCCAAUACUGCUCUGUCCCUGGUUGGUUCCGAAUCCAGCGAUGCCGUCCAUGCCGCACGUCGCCUGGGACAUCACGCAGCAUCCGACGACAGCGCGAUGGGCGACUGGGCGACAUGUCUGGGUACCACUGUCGCAGCGGUUCAACCAGGUGGCGACCUACCCCGAGGUGCGCACGAUGCAUAUCCAUUGCGACAUCGGGUUGGCGAGCGUGCGCUGGGGGCCGAUCGUCAUCGAGAAGAGCAGCGCCAUCACUCUCGGCGACAUACUCUUCGCAAUCCACGACUUCUUCCAGAGGCGGAUGUCGGAGGAGGAUGUCAACCUCGUGUCAUCGCUACGGCCGGGCAACCGCGAACGGAUGUACGAGGCGUUCUGGAGACGGUGUCGGACGAGUCACGCCCUCGAGGGGUACGAGUAUCGGCAAGGAAUGAAACGCGCGGACUGUCUGCAGGACCAGACGGCUUGGUGGGGGACGUGGAUCGCUGUUCGUCCUGACAACAGGUGGUACCUGAACCUAGGCCUGCAAUCUAUACACGACAAUCCUCACCUUGGUCAUCGAGCGCCUUGA